AUGGUUCAUCGAGGGGUUCAGAGUGAGGAGAAAUACCUGGAAGGCCAUUAUAGUGAACCCACUUCAGGGAGGUAUCUGCCCUCGAACCCCAGGCCUGGACAAGAGGACGUGGAAUACUACCAGUCAGAGGCUGAAGGACUCCUGGAAUGCCACAAAUGCAAAUACUUGUGCACUGGGAGAGCCUGCUGCCAAAUGCUGGAGGUUCUCCUGAACUUGCUGAUCGUGGUCUGCAGCUCUGUAUCUUACAAUUCCACAGGGGGCUACACAGGCAUCACCAGCCUGGGGGGCAUUUACUAUUACCAGUUUGGAGGGGCUUACAGUGGUUUCCAUGGUGCUGAUGGGGAGAAAGCGCAGCAGCUGGACAUCCAGUUCUACCAGCUAAAGCUGCCCACAGUCACAGCGGCAAUGGCCUACGGUGGAGCCCUCAUGGCCUUCUGCUGCCUCCUCAUCGCCAUGGGCGUCCUGCGGGUCCCGUGGCAUUGCCCCGUGUGGCUGCUGGUCGAAGGCCUGCUGGACGUGCUCAUCGCCGGGGCCUACGUGCCAGCUCUGUACUUUUACUUCCACUCGCUCUCGGCCGCCUACGCCUCUCCCGUGUGUCAGGAGAGGGAGGCCCUGUACCAGAGCAAAGGCUACAGCGGCUUCAGCUGCACUUUCCACGGGGGAGAUAUAGGAGCUGGCAUCUUUGCUGCCCUGGGCAUUGGGGCCUUUGCCGUGGGGGCCGUGCUGGCCAUCAGGGGUUACCAAAAGGUCAGGAAGCUCAAAGAGAAGCCUACAGAAAUGUUAGUGUUUUAGGCUUUUUAAAACGUCCUGCCAAACGGAAGUGGUGUAAGUUACUCUGAAUCACGGUCUUUCUUGGAAUAUGUUGUGGAACUUGCCAAGGCUUGAAAACUAACAGGCCAAUUUUGGUAUCCCGAGUGCAGCUCUGGGUUGCAUGGACUGUUGUUGUCUGACAUAAUAAGCCUGGUUCUGGAGUCUUCUGGUGGUGAGGGACACACCAAAAUUAUUUUUAAAACAAAAACUGGAGCCUAAGACCCCCAAGGAAAAGGCCUGUGCUGCAGCAGAGUGUCCUUGUUGAAUAAAUGCAGGGAGAUAACCAAGCGAAUUUAAAGAACCUUAUCUUCAGAGUUCAAGAAAAGCCACAAAGACAUGAGACAUUUCAGCCUGAACUUUUCUGAGCACAGUCGUCUUAAGCAGAUUAGCCCCGAAUUUUUUCCACACUAAACUCCAAUGGCCUCCACUUCCUUCAUGCUCUGGAUGCAGGGGUGGGAUGCUGGGGAGGUUCCUGUAAAAUUGAAGUUGGAGGUAGGUGUGGGCUGAGGAAACAGGAAUCAGAUUAAUUUGCUGGGUUGCAAAGAAGCUAUUCUUACGAGCCCCUUACCACGGCUGUGAAAGCUCAAUAAGUGUUUUGUACCUCUUACAAGUGUACCAUUGUAUGAGGAAUAAAGCUGGACAUCAGGAAUUCAGGAUCCACCCAGAAUAAAGAAUGUAAACUCUUUCCUGACAGAAGAAUGCUGCUUUUGGCCAGACAACUUCAUGGGUUCUUAUUACAUGUUAAAUUACGACUUACAGUACAUUAUGGUAUAUUCUUGGUACAAGUGAAUGUGUCCUUUGCUUUAUGUGAAUCUAAUAAAAAUCCAAAGAAAAUUUUAA